AGCUACACGGGUUUGAGAUUGAUUUCGCUCUCCGAUUUUCAUAGUACAUUGGUGAAACAAAGACUAUAGAAUUUUGUAGAUAUCACACAGGUCAACCGACGCCAGUCAUGUGCUCACGAACAUGCCAACUAAAUACACGCACCCACGAGGACCCUUUCACUUCCAGCACGUUUCAGUAAUUCAUACGACUCUGCCUCUAUAUAAACCCGUCAGACCCAGAGAUACCAAGCGCAACUCUCGCCCAUCAACGCCUUCACAUCGAAACCUGCAGAUUUCCGAGCGAACCCCAACACUCUUCACCGUCAUCAUGGCUCCCUUACAGAACCCUUAUCACGCUCCUCUCAGGCAGAUACAAUACCGGAGCUACCUGAAGACGAUCGAGCUGUACCACUACUCACAUCAAGUUCUCCCAAUCUCGCGAUUCGAGGAGAUGUUCGCCGCCCAAACACCUGGUUUCGUUCGUCGCCUAGAGUCGCGUGAUACACUCUGUGAUAAGAAUGGUCAGGAGAAAAACCACGUCCCGGAUGGCGACGAGGUACCCAUUGGAUUCACUGAAGUCGCGUACUUGUUCAAUAUAUUCCGAAACCGCGGAAGCGCGCAGGCAAGUGGGAGUGCAUUGGGUUUCCGUUUUCUGGACGAGGACCGCAUUGAGUGGAUGUGCUUCGACCGGCCCGUCGAUAACUUACUUUCGGGAGCUACAGCGAACGACGGAAGGCACCUGUUCCAGAAGGUGGCAGAUCUGGAGCGGGGCGAUGGCAGCACGCGCUGGAAAGGCACCGUAGGGGGGUGGCCAGAGCAUCGCCAGUGGUGCAACGCGCUAGACAAUGCCACCAGGCCUCUCUUAAGGCUCACCAUGGUGGAGAGAAGCCGUGCACGUCUCGAUGAGCGCAAAGCGCGAGAUGCCAGGAAUGCCGAACUUCACUCCGAUGAGAAUAACGAAUGAGGGGUCUAUAGACCAAUCUCAGUCACGGCUCAGAGGACUAUGAGCCCCACGAUCAGUACCUAGGUACCAGUUCAGGGUCACGCGGUCACACGCUGAUGGCCAUUUUUCGUCAAGCGAAACCUCCGAUAGCACAAUCCCAGCUUCAGAGCCUGGUUUGAUAGUUUUUCAAAUAACGUCUGUCCAACCAUACCGGGAAGCACGGUGUAACGGGACGCUUUCUCUUCCAGACCCUCGGAUUAUCCCUAGUUUUCUUGAAUAUAAACAGUUGUAAUGCGCAUCCAUUCUGCAGCUCUCAUUCUCCCAGCACAUCAGUCUCCGACGCCGGAAAGCUUGUCG